GUUAAAAUAUAUACAAAAAAAAAAAACCUCUCUCUUUCUCUCCACACACACUCUCGCGCCACAACUUGUUCCCUAAUUUUUGGUUUCGUCUUCCCACUGCUCGCCGAGAAAAUUCGUGUCGCUCUCAUCAAUUCUUCUCCGACACUGAAACUCAACUUCAGUGAUGGAUCAAGAGGAUGGAUCAAGCUGGUAUUUUUCUAGGAGUGAGAUUGAAGAAAAUUCACCAUCCCUAGCAGAUGGCAUUGAUUUGAAGCAAGAAAAUUACCUACGCAAAUCAUACUGUACAUUUCUGCAAGAUUUAGGCAUGCGACUUAAAGUACCUCAAGUAACUAUUGCAACAGCAAUGAUCUUUUGUCAUAGAUUCUAUCUUCGGAAGUCCCAUGCAAAUAAUGAUUGGAGGACCAUUGCAACAGUGUGCAUGUUUCUUGCUGGCAAAGUUGAAGAAACUCCUCGCCAAUUGAAAGAUGUAAUCCUUGUUUCAUAUCAAAUGAUAAAUAAGAAGGAUCCAACAGCAGUUCAGAGAAUCGAACAGAAGGAAGUGUAUGAGCAGCAGAAGGAAUUAAUUCUACUUGCACAGAAGCUUGUUCUUGCAAUUCUUGGUUCUGAUCUUAUAGUGAACCAUCCUUAUAUACCUCUUGAUGAGGCAAUAAAGAAAUUUAACGUUGCUCAAAAUGCCCUUCCUGUUCUUGCUCGGAAUUUUGUAAAUGAUGGACUUCGGACAUCUCUUUGCUUGCAAUUUAAGCCCCAUCACAUUGCAGCUGGAGCCAUAUUCCUUGCUUCCAAGUUUCUAAGGGUGGAGCUCCCAUCAAAUGGGAAGAAGGUCUGGUGGCAAGAGUUUGAUGUCACCCCACACCAAGUGGAAGAAGUGAGUAACCAAAUGCUCGAGCUGUAUGAACAAAAUCGAAUGCCGCAGUCCAAUGAUGCUGAAUGAAAAAGAGCAUGAAAACAAUACUCUUAAAGAUUAAUUUCAAAGAUGUAAUUUUGUUUGUGCUCAAAAUAUUUGAGUAGUUGUUUAAAGUUUGGAUUGGAAUGUGAUGCUAAAAGAAUUUAUAGUUAACUACUUUAUAGUUCCAUGCACUUGGACGAGUUGAUUGAAUUUUAUUCGAUAUUUAAGUUCGUUAUAUUUUUUUAUGA